CGUUACAUUCGCCGAAACCGAAACGACACCAACCAACCAAACAGACGCCACCGGAUAAACAAAAACGCACGUAGCAGCAGCAGCAGCAGCAGCCGCGAUGCUCCUGACGCGCGCCUCCCCCACCUUCCUCCCCUCCACCUCCGCCGCCUCGCCCUCGCCGCAGCAGGCGCCGUCCUCCCCGACCUUCGGGAGGAGCCAGUACCGCCGGGGAGGUGGAUUGGUCUCCGUUUCUUCUCCGGUGGCCGGUCAGCGCUGUGCUGCCAGGAGGAGGUCCGUGAUGGCGGCGGCCGGCGCGGUCCCCGCGGCGAAGCUGGAGAACGCCGACGCGCUCAUCGACUCCGUCGAGACGUUCAUAUUCGAUUGCGACGGUGUGAUUUGGAAGGGCGACAAGCUGAUCGACGGAGUGCCGGAGACGCUCGACAUGCUCAGAUCAAAGGGCAAGAGGCUGGUGUUCGUGACGAACAACUCGACCAAGUCGAGGAAGCAAUACGGGAAGAAGUUUGAGACGCUGGGACUAAACGUCAAUGAGGAAGAGAUCUUCGCUUCGUCGUUCGCAGCUGCCGCGUACCUGCAGUCCAUCGAUUUCCCCAAAGACAAGAAGGUUUAUGUGAUUGGAGAGGACGGGAUUCUGAAGGAGCUGGAGCUGGCUGGAUUUCAGUACCUCGGCGGGCCAUCUGAUGGAGACAAGAAGAUAGAGCUGAAGCCUGGAUUUUACAUGGAACAUGACAAAGAUGUUGGAGCAGUUGUUGUGGGAUUCGAUCGCUAUUUUAACUACUACAAAGUACAGUACGGGACACUGUGCAUUCGUGAGAAUCCAGGGUGCCUUUUCAUUGCCACAAACCGGGACGCCGUCACCCAUCUUACUGAUGCCCAAGAGUGGGCAGGUGGAGGGUCAAUGGUUGGUGCAAUUCUUGGUUCAACUAAACAAGAACCGCUCGUUGUCGGGAAGCCGUCAACAUUCAUGAUGGACUACCUGGCAAAGAAGUUUGGGAUCACAACAUCCCAGAUAUGCAUGGUUGGUGACCGUUUGGAUACCGACAUCUUGUUUGGCCAAAACGGAGGUUGCAAAACUCUUCUGGUCCUUUCAGGUGUCACUUCUGUACAGAUGCUUCAGAGCCCUGACAACUCGAUCCAGCCAGAUUUCUACACAAACCAAAUUUCUGAUUUUCUCACCCUCAAAGCAGCAACUGUCUGAAGAAAUGGGAAGUAAAUGUGUUACAGAUGGGCGAGGCCCCUUACUUUUGUAUAGGCGGCAUCCGCCAAUUUUUAGCAACUAAGGUCACAAGGAUGCUUUUUCUUUCCACAUUGUUUUGUAACCAUGAGACAAAUGUUUAUACACUAUUAUAUGUAACACAAGUGCAUAUCACAAUGGAUACUAUUGACCACUUGUCCUUAGCUCAAAA